AUGGCGGGGGACGCGGGCAAGCAGCCCGCCGCGAAGGAGGCUGGGAAGGAGAAGAAGGAUGAUAGCAAGCAGGAUGGAGGCAAGGGCGAGGACAAGCCCGUCAAGGUGCUCUCAGAGGCCGAGAUCGAGCUCCUCAAGUCGUACGGCAUGGGGCCGUACUCGAUAAAGAUCAAGGAGGUGGAGAACGACCUCAAGGAGAAGCUGAAGCGCGUCAAUGAGCUGUGUGGGAUCAAGGAGAGCGACACCGGGCUCGCGCCGCCGAGUCGCUGGGACCUCGUGUCGGACAAGCAGAUGAUGCAGGAGGAGCAGCCGCUGCAGGUGGCGCGAUGCACGAAAAUCAUCAACCCAGACACGUCGGACGCGAAGUACGUCAUCAACGUGAAGCAGAUCGCGAAGUUCGUCGUCGGCCUAGGCGACCGCGUGGCGCCCACGGACAUUGAGGAGGGGAUGCGCGUGGGCGUGGACCGCACCAAGUACCAGAUCCAGAUCCCGCUGCCGCCGCGCAUCGACCCGAGCGUCACCAUGAUGACCGUCGAGGAGAAGCCCGACCUGACGUACUCCGACAUCGGCGGCUGCAAGGAGCAGAUUGAGAAGAUGCGCGAGGUCGUCGAGCUCCCGAUGCUGCACCCGGAGAAGUUCGUCGCGCUGGGCAUCGACCCGCCGAAGGGCGUGCUGUGCUACGGCCCGCCGGGCACGGGCAAGACGCUGCUGGCGCGCGCCGUCGCCAACCGCACGGACGCGUGCUUCAUCCGCGUCAUCGGGUCCGAGCUCGUCCAGAAGUACGUCGGCGAGGGCGCGCGCAUGGUGCGCGAGCUCUUCCAGAUGGCGCGCUCGAAGAAGGCGUGCAUCAUCUUCUUCGACGAGGUGGACGCGAUCGGCGGGCAGCGCAGCGACGACCCCGGGAGCGACAACGAGGUGCAGCGGACGAUGCUGGAGAUCGUCAACCAGCUCGACGGGUUCGACCCGCGCGGCAACAUCAAGGUGCUCAUGGCCACGAACCGCCCCGACACGCUGGACCCGGCCCUGCUGCGCCCCGGGCGCCUGGACCGCAAGGUGGAGUUCGGGCUGCCGGACCUGGAGAGCCGCACGCAGAUCUUCCGCAUCCACACGCGCGCGAUGAACUGCGAGCGCGACAUCCGCUUCGAGCUCCUCGCGCGGCUGUGCCCCAACUCGACGGGCGCGGACAUCCGGUCGGUGUGCACCGAGGCGGGGAUGUACGCCAUCCGCGCGCGCCGCAAGACGGUCACGGAGCGGGACUUCCUCGACGCCGUCAACAAGGUCAUCAAGGGGUACCAGAAGUUCUCGGCCACGCCCAAGUACAUGGUGUACAACUAG